UCUCUGACAAAGCUCUAUCUAGUGUCUGGUCUGAAUUUUUUUGGUUCAAAACUCACUUUCGAUUUCUGAUGUUUUCUCUCUGAUUGAAAGGGUGUUGUCGGGUAAUUUUCAAGAUGGGUAACAAAGCUACAACUGUGAAAGAAGAACGGGAAGUGAUUCACUUGAAGGUUGUACCUCCAUUGGACAAAGUAUUUUUGCGUUGGCUUGCGAGAGAUCUCCAGAGAGUUCAUGGAUUCAAACCGAUGAACAACACUCGUGCGAUCACUCCUCCAGAUAACUACAUUGAGUUUAUGCGGCUAAAUGGAUCGCUGGAUGUGGAUUUAGAUGACCCUGAUCUUGCCCAUUUGUUCAAGUAAAAAAAUAAAAAAGGUUCUUUUGGUGUCUGUGUUUGUUUUGUAUGAAGCUUUCAAAGUUUUUAGUAUUCACCUUUUGUUUUGAAAACUCUUGACUAUAAAUAUAUACAAUAGUAUUAUACUAUUAUUAUCUAA